AUGGUGGCCAUCUUGGCCGGGCAUCCUUUGGACACGGCGAAAACACGGAUCCAGGCGAUGCCGCGUUUCGACGGCUACGGCACCUGGCGCGUGCUCGCGGAGACCGCACGGCUGGAAGGCCCAGUGGCGCUGUACAAGGGCAUGUCCUUCCCGUUUUACAGCACGGCGCUCUUGACUGCCGUGGUCUUCGGUGUUCAAGGGGUCUCUGACCGCUUACUGCAGGAAGCUUUGGGGCAGGAGCGGCCGCAACUCACCGGCUUCCUUGGUGGCUGCAUUGCCGGAUUGGCUCAGAGCCCCCUUGUCUGCAUUGUUGAUCUGGUGAAGACCCAAAGACAGGUCCAGUUCACACCCCGGAGCUCCGCAAGCCAAGGGCCAACGCCGGUGAGGUUACUCCUGCAGCGAGUGAAGGCCCUGGGGCUUGGCCAAGGCUGCCUCCAAGGCUUGGGGCCCACAGCCCUCAAGGAAUGCCCAUCGUAUGGCGUGUACUUCCUGGUCUAUGAGGAAUCCAAGCGUUUGCUGGAUCCCCGAGUCCCAGCUGUGCUGUCAACACUCUUCUCGGGCGGCAUGGCGGGCUGCUUUGCCCUCGGCAUGAUCCACCCCGUGGAUGUCGUGAAGGCCCGUGUUCAAAGCCUUCCAGCCCAGGCUACUGCGGAGCAGCACAGCACGCGCCACAUCAUCAAAGAAGGCCUGCGGUACGAGGGUGCGGCCUUUUUCCUGCGCGGCUUCAGUGCUGCAAUGCAGCGGGCCUUCGUCGUGAAUGCCGCGACCUUCGGCGGCGUGGAGCUGGGAGUGGCUCUGUGGGACCGCAUGUCAGCAAAGAAGGGAACUGCGGCAUGA